AUGUCACUCAAGCGCAUACUGAUCACAGGAGCAACUGGAAAACAAGGCGGUGCCCUUCUGUCUGCUUUGCUGGACUCUCCGCCAAAUCCACCCUUUCACCUUGUUGCGCUUACUCGCAAUACCAAGAGCGCAAAGGCCCAGGCACUCGCUCAGAAACCCAACGUCAGCGUUCUCCAAGGCGACCUGAAUGAUUGUAAUGCGAUCUUUCAAUCUUGCAAAGAGCCCUUCCAUGGCGUCUUCAGUGUCCAGGUACCCAUUCGGCCAACAAUAGAACAACAACAAGGGGAAGCUCUUGUCGACGCCGCGGCAGCGCAUGGUGUCAACCACUUUGUAUACACUUCCGCAGAUCGAGGCGGGCCUGAGCGAUCGGAUCGCGACCCCACGGCAAUCAAGCACUUUGCUUCCAAAUUCAACAUCGAAACCCACUUAAAAGCAGUGUGUCAGCGUCCCGAACAUCAGAUGCAGUGGACCAUAAUUCGGCCAGUUGCUUUCAUGGAAAACUUGACCCCUGAUUUUCUUGGUCGAGCAUUCACGGCCAUGUGGAGAUUGAAUGAGCCAAACACCAAAUUACAGCUUGUGUCUUCGAUCGAUAUUGGCAUUUUGGCCGCAGACAUUUUUAAACAUCCGGGGUCGUAUACCGGGCGAAGCAUCAGCCUUGCCACGGAUGAGCUCACCCUGCAGCAAGCCAAUGAUAUCUUCAAACGCGUGGUUGGGAUGGAUAUGCCUGAGACAUACCCUGUCAUCGGCCGCCUGAUUAAAUUCAUCCUGCACGAACAACUCGGUGUCAUGUUCAAUUGGUUCAAGCAGGAGGGCUUCGGUGGUAAUCCAGACGAAUUCAAAACCAAAUUUCCAGAGAUGCAGGAUUUCCAAACAUGGUUGAGGCGGUCGAGCGGCUUCAGAGAUAGGGCGCGAGUACUCGAGAGUCGAUGA